AUGGGUGCCGGAGGGCUGGCUUCCAUCGUGUUUGGAUUGAUUGUCGAUGCCUUCGGUGGCGCUAGCUUCAAUGCGAUCGGUACAAUUGCGUUUAGUAUCGCCGGUGCCGGUGGCGACGAUGAUACACUCAUGUCCACCGCCGUCCGCUUUCCUGCUCAGGCGAUUGGUGCAGCUGGUGGUGUGAUGUCUCUUUUGGAGUUGAUGCCAUUAGAGUACAAACAUCUGCUAGAAGGACCUACUCUAAAAGUAGAUUUGCAUACUGGAGCCAUUGCUGAGGGAAUUUUGACUUUCGUUAUCACUUUUGUUGUUCUCUUGAUCAUCAUCAAGGGUCCUAACAGCUUGUUCUUGAAGAAUUGGAUGCUUUCCAUGGCAACUAUGGUGGUGAUUCUUGUUGGUUCAAGCUACACAGGUCCUUCAAUGAAUCCUGCAAAUAUUUAUAAUUCUUUUCACCACCUGUAUUUUGGAUUGCAACAUGAGGCCUUGAAUCUUUGCAAGAGCAUGAUGAGGAGAGGGGAAUGCCCUCCACUUAUGGUUGUUUUUGAUCCUGUAGAAGGAUUCACCGUAGAAGCUGAUAGAUGUAUCAAAGACUGGACAAUAAUCACUGAAUAUGUUGGAGAUGUUGAUUACUUACAGAGCCGGGAAAAUGAUGAUGAAAUCACGAAUUCCAAUUCUGUUGGAAUCACAGAAGUUGAUGCUUGA